AGGAAGAAACCUUUCAGUGAAUCGUUCCAUUGAACUACCACAUUUGGAAAACAUAGUUUGUUUUUUAAAAAGUUAAAAAUCUAAAACCUCAAUGAAAUGGCGGACGAUGCAAAUGAAGACAGUUGGUUGUAUGGAACAUCAAACCCCGAUUCUACCACAAAUGAGGAAGAACGAACUGAAAGUGCACCGGAUGAAAAUGCCGGGUUUGAAAAAGACAGCUUGCAACUGACCUCGAAAUCAGAAAAUGAGGCCUUGGCUGCAAUAAUUGAAGGAGACGAUGUUAAUGGAUCUCAAGAAAAAGACGAUGAGCCGACGACAGAAGCAGAUUUGGUGGAAUUCGAAGACCCUGCUCAUGAAAUGGAGGAGGACGAGGAGGCAGCAGCUACUGCUGAUACUACGGAGGACGGUGAGAAGGAAGAAGCGAGAGAAAAAAUGGCUGGUGAUUCGGAGAAUGAAGCUGAGGACGACGAUGAUGAUGAGGACGACGACGAUUCCGAUGACGACAUUAAUGUUGUAAUUGGGGAUAUAAAAGCGGCUCCUAGCACAUUCAAUAUAAAACAACGCUCAAAUUUAUUGGCGGGAGCAUCUGGUCCGGAAAAAGUUAAGAUUGCGGCUCAAGUGGGAAAAUUCUCCAUUGAAGAUUUUGAAGGUGUUGGUUCUAUAAAUGGUGUAGCUGCCCAUGAGUUUAGUAUAGAUUCAUUGGAGGACAAGCCUUGGCGUAAGCCUGGCGCUGAUAUUACAGAUUACUUCAAUUACGGCUUCAAUGAGGAAACCUGGCGGGCCUACUGCGAACGUCAAAAAAGAUUUAGAGUGGUGGAAAGCGGUGUAGGACUAGCUAGUUUAACACAGAAUUUAAACCCGCCAGCUGAAAAAACCGGCGAGGGAAAUAUUCCACUGGGAGGCCAACAACAGGCAAUGGGCCCGCUGAGUCAUGCUCCUCCAGGACAUAUAGACCAUAUGCAAAUGCCUCCGCCAGGAAUGAUGCCACCACCUGGGCCGCAUCAGGGGCCUCCAACUAGGUUUGGAAUACCUAGGGGACCAAGACCAAUUCUACCCAUUCCAGGAGCAAAAGAAAACGCCAUACAAGUUAUGACAGCAGAAUGUAGGGAAUAUUCAAGAACGGGUCAGAUGCCACCAAACUUUGCUGGACCUGGAGAAGAGCAAUUUUUCCAUGAACCGGAGCCUUUUGACUAUGGUUACGAGCCUACACAGGACUCUCAAUGGGGCAGAGAAAAUCCUAAUUGGGUGCCAACAGGUAUUAAAGAACUUACCCCAGGCCCUAAUCCAGUUCAAACACCACCUCAGCAAAUGUCAGGUCCCCCGGGUAUUAUGUCAAACCCCAUGGGUGUGCCACCACCGCAGAUGUCCGGACCUCCUCCUCAAAUGCGUCAUCCACAGCAAGGUAUGAUGCCACCUCCAAAUAUGGGUAUGGUUCCACCUCCAAUGGGUAUGAUGAUGGGUCCCGGUGGUCCACCAAUGCGAAUGCCAAUGGGACCACCCCGAAUGAUGGGACCAAAUGGGCCUCCGCCAGAUCGUAUGGAUGAGGACAGAGAAAGAAGGCGACGUGAAAGAGAAUGGGAGCGAGAAAGAGACAGAGAUAGAGAAAGAUCGCGAAGGGAACGUUCGAGAAGUCGAGAAAAAUCUCGGCGAAGGUCAAAGUCAAGGGAGAAAGAAAGAGAAAAGGAACGUGAUAAAGACCGUGAUAGGGAGCGUGAAAGGGAUAGAGGCGAUCGUGAAAGGGAUCGAGAUCGCAGUGAAAAAGACGACACUGAACGUUCCGAUGAGGAACGCGAAAGGAGACGAAGAGAUCGAGAUAGAGAUCGCGAACGAGAUAGAGAUCGUGAAAGGUCAAGACGGGAACGGUCAAGAAGCCGAGAAAAGUCUCGUCGACGAUCGAAAUCCCGAGAAAAGGAGCGAGAUCGGUCUAGUAAAUCUGCCACAGCAGCAUCAACAGCGUCGUCGUCAUCAAGUCGCAGUGAAAAGAAAAAAUCUCAUCGCAAGGAAGAUGAAGAAUAAACACUAUGAAUUAUCUAAAAACAAAAAUUAUGCUAAAAAUACAUUCAGGAGUCAUAUA